AUGCGCAACUGGUUUUGCUCCAACAUAUCUCAUUCUUAGCUGGUUUCACACAGUGGGCCACUCUCUCCUCCAUGGCCUUAUAUACGAACCUUCCUCCACCCUUUCCACACAACAAAACCCUCCCUCCAAAACCAUCAAACUCUUUCAGACAUCUCAUCAAACAGUAGUAGCUAGCUUCGAAGAUGGCAAAAGUUGGAAAGCUGACGAAGCUCAAGUCAGCCAUAAAGAAAUGGCCGUCAUUCCCCAAGCUCACCCGCACCGCCAGCUCCAUAGCCGCCGCAAACGAAUCCGACGAGGCCUCGAAAGAGCUUCACGCCGUUUAUGUGGGGAAGUCCCGGCGGCGAUACCUCGUAAGGUCUGAGAUUGUGGAUCAUCCUCUCUUCCAGGAGCUGGUGGACAAGUCAGGCGAAGAUGGUACUGACGACGGGGUUGCGGUUGCUUGCGAGGUGGUGCUGUUCGAGCACUUGCUUUGGAUGCUUGAGAACGCCGAGACUCAGCUGGGUUCCAUGGAUGAGCUUGUUGAGUUCUACAGUACUUGCUGAAUUUUUAUUGUGGUGGCCGGGAUGAUGAUAAGUUGUAUGAAAGAAUGGGUGAAUGAAUGAAUUAAUUGUAAAGAUUAUAGUUAGUCGGGGUUGGUAGCAAGUAGUUGUGUUUGUAUUGUUUGGAGGCACCAUCGAUGAGGAUUGACCCAUUUCAUUUUAACGCGGAUGUUGAUGAUCAUGUUAAAGAACUUGAUUAGGCUGCUUCUUAUUAAUUGUUCAUUAAUCAUUAUAAUCGAAAUUGUCAAGCCAUUGGUUUGAUCCAUAUUAUGGUGAGCAAUCACUUUAUUUUAUUGUUUGUGUUAUUUUCUAGUUGUUUUCAAUCAAACUUUUCCCCUUUUUUUUU